AUGACUUCUGACUUGCCAGGAAAAGCCUGUACAGUUGAGUGCCUAGCAGAACUAAGCCAGGGCUGGGCAGAAGGCAGAUUUCGGCAAGUCUCUCUGACUCUCAAUUGUCUAACAAUGAGCAUUUGUCUUGCAUUCAUUCUGAUUUGCUUAUGGAGUGUUUAUACAUCUUCCUGUUAGUCAUUUGUUCAUCCCACACUUUCCAAUGCAUUUUCUUGUCAAUUUUACAAAACUUAAUAAGUUAUAUUCCUUUUUAAAGUUGAUAUAUUGCACUAAGGCAACAGAGUCCUUUAACCCACUAACCACAUAAAUCUAAAGUUCCAGCAUGGAUAUGAAUCAUUCCCAUGAAAAAGUGACAGUGUGGAAGCCCCCAGAUUGGUGGGCUUCAGGGUUCCUGGAGAAACCAGUAGAUUCUGCAAGCUUGAAGUCUGCCCACCCCUUGUGUAACCCACCAAGACUUGGGCUGUGUACACACUCAUGUUUACUCUGCAUCCAGUGUGCUCCUACCAUUGGUUUGUGAAGCAUUGUACACACAACAUUAGUCACAAUCCGUAUCUAUCCUUUAUCAUGAUGUUACUUAGGAAACAGUGCAUUUUGAUGUAUCUCCCUGCAAACCAGCUUUUAUCUCAAUUCAGAAAAGAGGGGGACCUAGCUGCAUUUUAAGCCAGUAACAUGAACAUGUCCUAAACAACAAAAGUGGAUUUUACCCUUGUUCUUCUCUCCUAAUUUUCUUUGUAAUUCUUGCCAGAUAGUUCUCCUUUUAUUCGUUCUCUCCUAGCACAGUUCUUUCUUACUGUGGGUUAGAAAUACAUGUAAUGGACUCGUUAUAAGCAUCUUUAGAAUCUUGCAUGCAUUUUUUUGAGGUCAAAUCCUAGUACCCAGCCUCAAAAAUGAAAGGUUGUCAUGCUGGCUUGAUCACUUAAAAGAGUACUUAUCUGGAGUUUGCAUCCACUUAGCAGCUAGGGUUGGGCUCUAGCAGGUAUCUGCCCAAUUUAUAGUACACCCAGCUUAAGCAGCAUAGGUUCUCACAGCAGACGGAAAGCAGGAGUCGCUGCAUGCAGAUGCAUCUCUAGGAGUUUCUGCAAGGUUUGGAAUGGACUCUGGGGUUUGCAUUGGGUUCAAGGGGGGCUGCAGGGUAGUAGGAAGGGUCUGGGCUGCUGCUUACUGUUGCCUAGAUAGAUAUGGAUGCUGAAUUGUGGCACUUAAGUGGUAGGUCUUGAUCAAAUAGGAGGUGCAGCUAGGAGUGUCACAAUUAUGUCUAGAAAGUAAUGGACUGACGGUGAGAUGCAAGGAAAAGAGAAUUCACUUUAGAUUGCUGCAAAUGCAAGCUCUAACUCACCUGUGGGGGAAUUUUGCAUCCUCCUGACCAAGCCAACCACUCCCUCUAUGCUUCAGUUCCUUGUUUUCAAAAUGGGAAUAACAGUGAUUUAUCACUAAUGGUAGAGGAGAAUAAAUAAGGAUUUCAGAUACUAUGAAUUACACUUCCCUGUAGGCCAGUGGAAACUAAUGUGGUGUUCUGCAGGUGUUGUAGACUCCAAAUCCCAGUGGUCAGGGAUGAUGAAAGUGAACAACUUAUGGAGGGCACCAUGUUAACUACCCUUAGUUAGACCCUAGAAUCCCAGGGAAAGGCUUGCUGUGAUCCUCCUCCUCAGCCUAGUGUGCAGUGGCCUUCUGCCCUCUUGCCAGCAGAGAACUUAGGCAACAGAGAGCCACGUCCAAAGUGUGGCUUCAUGUAGGCAGCCAUGCUUUUCUUGCUUUGUCCCUCUUUCCAGGCUCUCACCCAUGGCAUCUUGCUUCUCAAAGGGGCUAUUUGUGGGCAGCAUGGGUGGGUGCCAGCUCCUUAUACAAGUAUGUGGUGUGUUUGUCAUCAGUACGAGCUGGGUAGAAAUACGAUUUAAUAUGGUGGAUUGAUUACCACCAAGGAGCGUGGUUGGUUGCAGCUCUGUAUCCAGCAGCUGGUCAGGGAGAAGGCAGAAAUUGUGGUUUCCUCGAUCAUCCCUUUCUAAUCACAAGGUACGCACACCCUCCAUUUUAGAGCUGAGGAAAGAACUCAGCCUUUCAUGUGUGUAGACCCUGGCAGUUCCUCAGUUUGAGACUGGUGGGGAAAAGAAAAGUUAUCCUUCCCUUUCUCUUUCUCUUUCUCUCUCUCUCCCCUCUCAACUAGUUUCUUCUGCAUCAAGGCUGUUUGCUUGGUUCAUCCCUGUUCCAGAAGGCAAACCCUGUGGGUGCUGACUUGUCAAACAUUGGAAGAAAACUAAGCCCAGUGAGGAGAGUGGUUCCAUCAGGUUUCCAGAGAAGAAGGGCUGUUUUGUUUGUUUUUUAGUGUGUGCGUUUUUAAGGAUUUGGAUUCAGCACAGGAUUUCUUGAAGAGGUGCAAGAGCUAGCAAAGUAAGAAGCUGCACAGAAGGGAGCAGGUCCUGAAUAUCACAAAUUCAUGUACCAAACUCAUAAUUAGGCUGCAGUUCCCAAGCCAAGCCUUGAAGGCACACAUUCAUUUUGUAUAUUUGGUAUGGUGUGCGUUUUAAAAUUGUAACCUGCAUUGAGCCCCUGGGGUGGGUAGGCUAGAAAAACAAAUGAUGACUAAUCAGACUCCUGUCCUGACAAGGAGCCCCCAUUUUCUGUACAUGAGCUCUUAUCUUUAGGUUCCUUUGGCCAAACUUGGCCCUCCAGAUGUUUUGGGACUACAACUCCCAUCAUCCCUAGCUAACAGGACCAGUGGUCAGAGAUGAUGGGAAAUGUAGUCCCAAAACAUCUGGAGGGCCAAGUUUGGCCAUUCCUGGUUACAGCAUUGUGUUUGGUUUGUUUCUGUGCUAGUGGUAAGUGCUGGUCAUUGGACCAGGGAAUUUAGAGCAUCACCCGCUUGAAUUUGUUCAACCAGUGAGAUCCUCAGCAGAGACGCUGCACCAUGUCCUGCCACCAUCAGGCGGGGGGUUGGGUGGGUGGAUGACAUAGGGCAAGGCCUUUUGGGGAGGCCUUAGCGCAGCAGUCAGGCUUUAGAGCUCCCUCCUCCAGGACACUCCUCUCAUUUUUGUGUAGGACACUUUCUGCCCACCUCUUUACAAAUUCCCUACUGAAAUAAACCCUUUUUCUUCUCACAAGCUUGAGUGACGCCCCAAUGCUCUUGCUAAUGCUGCAAUGCCUAUAUAAUGCUUAUAUGGGAAUGCGGUAAAUUUAAUAUAACUCACUUGGACUCAUUUCUGAGCAGGCACAUGUAGGGUUAUGCUGCAAGGGCUUCCAAACCUUCCCUUUUUGUUUCCCAACCUUUCACAUUUUACCUUUCAUCCGCACUUCUUCUGCUUCUACAUUAUUUCAAUCACUUUCCAGGACUGUUCUAUCUCAGGUCCUUUGAGUUGCCAUGCUGCAUGUUAAAUUUACUUCCUUUCCCCUGACAAUUAGGAGGGAAUGCAACUGCAAGCACCCUUCAGCCAGCCCAGCCUCUCACCCCUCCCAUCUCACCCCUCCCUCCAGCUUCUGAUGCCAAGCAAUCAAAGAAGAGUCUACCUUUAGGAGAGAUGUAAAAGGUCAGCACAGAGGCACUUAGGUAUUUAGAAACCUGUGGGGGCUGUCAGAGCAGCCUUCUCUUCUCUUCUCUUCACCUUGCCUAAGAGCUGCUUCCCAGGUGGAAUUUGGGGAUAAUUGCUAAGGGAGUCUGUGCUCUUUGGAUUGCUUCUCCCCUGCAAUUGCCCUCACUGAGGGCGAAGCCAAAUCAGCUGAUAACCUUUUGCACAGGUUAGUGUUAAAACCGGUUAAAUUGUGCCCUGCUCCUGCAUCCACUUUCUGUUCUGCUUGUGAAAUUUUGGUUUCAUGGAUGUUGCAAAACUAUGUCUUCUUUAACUAUUCUUUGCUAUGAAAACAGACAAUCAGAAAUGUUUUGCUUACAGUGAGAUCUGCUUUGUGGUGUAGCUUGCCUGCAUGAAGGUCUGGAAAGGAGAAGCGGAACUUGCUUUCUCCUUCUUAAAGACUAGUAUGUGAUCAAGGUGACAGAAAACCAGAGGUGUUUUGCCCCAGUGAAUUGUUUGGAGUUGUAGGCUUUCUCUGUCAUUGCAGUCCACCAAACAGAAAUCUGGUCCGAAAUCCUAUCUCAUCAAUGGACUUGCUAGAUAACCAUGAGUGUCAUCCUCUCUCCGCCCUUAGCUGGCUAGUCAUACAAUGAAAUAUUUAUAGCCACCUCUGGGAUGUUGUGAUGAAUGAAAUAAUAAAAGCCACCCUAUAAAUGGGCAGGCAUAAUUUAAUCAAGAUUGUACUGUAAUCUUUUUUUUAAAUUAAAAAAUAUGAAAGUAGAUAGAAUAACUACCCUGGACUGGUAGGGGUGUAAAUGAUGAUUUGCAACCCAAUUCUAUACAUGAGCAGUGCAAUCAUAUAUUUACAGUGCAAUCUUAAACAUGCCUAUACAGAAAAUCCUUGUUAAAUGUAUAUAGGAUUACUGCCUUAUAACUUGUUAUUUAAUAAGUAAUUAUUUAAUCAGUUCUGCGGCAUCUUGGAGUCUCUCACAUAGCCCCCUGUUGUUCGUGCUAUAACAGACUUAGCACAGGUACCCCACAGGGCUUUGUUCAGUAAAUUAUGACUCUUUUGUAACAAUAUGGGAACAUGUAUAAACUUUGUCCCAGGUGGACAGACCUUUGUAACAGAAGCCAGGCAUUAACAGCUGUAAUCCUUUAACAGUUGCUUUUAAUGUUAUGUAACAGCAAACUGGUUAAUAAACUAAACUUUUUAUUUAAAACCUGAAUGUGUUGAAACUGAGUGUGGGAAUCUGAACUUUUUAAAAGAUGGUUACUAGGGUGGAUUAGAGGGUCGAGGCUCUGCUACUGGCUUUGCGAGGAGACUUUCAGGGAAGCAAAGAGAGACUAAUAGUUCCUUAGCAGGAACAUGUCUUUAAAAAAAAAUGACUUCCCACAAUUGUGGGUCUUUUUUUAACACUAUGUAUGUGUGAUUAGACUAAAUGUGACCCACCUAGAGAAGGAACUGGCAAACCACUCCAGUAUUUUGCCAAGAAAACUCCAUGGACAUAAAAAAGGAGAAGCUUUGAGAAGAAAGUGAGAGUUUCCAAGGCAUGCUCUGGUUCAUGGGGUCACAACUAAACAACAAUGUGUGAUCACUUUUUUAAAAAUAUGUGCAUUGCAUAUCAAUUUGGAUCUCCCAUUCUCUGAUGCUCUAUACAGAACUCUUACCUGCAGCUAGAAUUCUGUUUUCACUCUGAUUCGAGUCCUAGAAUCAUCUGGAGUCUCUUCUCCUGAGAAAGUUUUGGGACUCCCAACAUGAUUGCUUGACAAGCAAGCCUGUUGGCUGAAGUGCUACCUCAGUUCCAGCUCUAAGUACUUAAGGGCCAUCUCAUCUUCUAAAAGUAGUGUUUUGGCUCGAAGACACUUUUCUCCCACACAUAGUUAUACUGUAUUCUCCUUCACACACCCCUCCUUAUUUUUCUUCUUCUUCCCCCUGGUAGUUGCUCUGCUUGCAUGGAAAGUCAAACAAAAUAUUUGGGCAUUUGUUGCCAGCCGAACCUCUGUCAGUGGUCACAGCCAGCCUUAGAUCUUGGAAGGGGGGGAGGGGCUCCCAGCAUUACUCAUUAAUGAAAGAGCUCAUUUAGAUAGCCUGGGAAGUGGGUCUCUUUCAAAGGCCUUGCCUAGCAUUGUUAAGCCAGGAGAGUUUGAUUGCAGUUUGCACAGCCGGGGAUUUGAUUUCUCAAUUCACCUUGGAAAAAUAAGCAGCAGCAUAGAAUCUCUCAAUGGAAUGCACCAGAUUAAAAAUUGUUACUAGGCCAUGCCUGGUGAGGAUAUGCCACUAACUGGAUUACGGUGUGGGUGGGUGUUUGGGAAUGAUUGGCCUCCAUCAAAGUACAUUUUGGCAAGCCCUUCAUGGUCGACUGGACUGUUGUGCAAUCUCCAAGGAGUGACUAGUUUCCCCAGGAAAUAAAGCAAAGAGGCAAUACCUCUAAUCUAAUGUUGCCCACCACCCCAGUCUCCAAGCAGUGCAACAUCCCAGGCACUUACCCAGAGUUCAGUUUCCUUGGAAUGAGGGAUAGCAAAGAUUUUGUUGUCUUUAUGAUAUAUGGUUUAUUUACUCAUAUAUACAACCUGAGCCUAUGUUGGAGGAGCUCAUAGUAUUAAUACCCCAAGAGGGUCAUGCUUUUCCCAUAGCCACUGCCUUGGAUCCCAGCAGAAAUCAGGCAUGGCUCUGUCUCUCAGCUGCCCAGCCUGCUUCCUCCUUCUAGCUUCUAGCUCACACACACAGCUCUGACUUUUGUCUUUCUAACUAACAGACAGUUAAGGGAGGGGGCCUCACCCAUCUUCUAUCUGGCACAGAGCCAUUUCCUUUGCUGCCUUUAGGACCCAUUAAAAAGGUAAAGGUACCCCUGACCAUUAGGUCCAGUUGUGGACGACUCUGGGGUUGCGUGCUCAUCUUGCUGUAUAGGUCGAGGGAGCCGGCGUUUGUCUGCAGACAGUUUUUCUGAGUCAUGUGGUCAGCAUGACUAAGCCGGUUCUGGCGAACCAGAGCAGGGCACGGAAAUGCAGUUUACCUUCCCGCCAGAGCGGUACCUAUUUAUCUACUUGCACUUUGACGUGCUUUCGAACUGCUAGGUUGGCAGGAGCAGGGACCUAGCAAUGGGCGCUCACCCAGUUGCGGGGAUUCGAACCUCCGACCUUCUGAUUGGCAAGUCCUAGGCUCUGUGGUUUAGACCACAGCGCCACCCGUGUCCCUUUAGGACCCAUUACCAAGGGUCAUUACCCAUAAACUUGUCUGGCUAUUCCAGCAUUUAGAUCCUUGUUGGAUUCAAGAAUUAGAAGGGAUUCAGGCAUACAGACUACCCCCCCCCAAAAAAAACAAGAACAUGUCACAACAAUAACAUUCUUCUGAAGUCUCAGUUACCAUUCAAAAUGGGUUGGUAGUUAGGAACAUAUGAAGUUUCCUUAUACAGUGGUACCUCGGGUUACAUACGCUUCAAGUUACAUACGUUUCAGGUUACAGUCUCCGCUAACCCAGAAAUAGUACCUUGGGUUAAGAACUUUGCUUCAGGAUGAGAACAGAAAUCGUGCUCCGGCGGCGCGGCAGCAGCAGGAGGCCCCAUUAGCUAAAGUGGUGCUUCAGGUUAAGAACAGUUUCAGGUUAAGAACGGACUUCCAGAACGAAUUAAGUACUUAACCCGAGGUACCACUGUACUGAGUCAAACCCAUUGGCCCAUCUAGCUUAAUAGUGUCUACACUGUUGACUGGGGAAUGACUCCCCAGUGUUUCCAACCAGCAGUCUUUCCCAGCCUUACAUGAGGAUACCGGGAUUGAAUUUGGGAUCUUCCACACAUGCUCUGUCACUGAACAACAGCCCUUCCCUUUUAUCUGUGGAAACUACAGCAAACGCCUUUGAGAGAUACUACGACUCAAAGCUUUUGCAUAAGAUUUGCUUGACUGCAGCUUAUUUUAUGAGAUGUAACACCGUUAUUGGCAAAAACUCAUACUAAAAUAAGCCAUGCAAGAUACUUAAAUCAAUUUAGAAGAUUUCUUAGAAGCAUGCUGACCCACUACCAACUAGCUGCACACUUGAUCCCUCUGAUCUGAAGCAGAAGCUGAAAAAUUGGCAGGGUCCCCACAGUCAAAACAAGGGUCUGUUAUGGAAGACUCCACAGUUAUACACUUUUUGUGUGUAUAGCUGUACUGCUUUCCGUUCAUUCAGCCGAGUCCUAAUCAUAAAACCAGGAGUGUGGGAAACUUUUCAUCAAACACUCCUAAAGUUUCAGUAUUCUCAAAGUCCCACAAAAAGUGAAGGUAACUUUGUUGACCCAUAAGAAAGAAAUUAAAAAUCUAUGUUAGGGCAAUAGUUUUCUGAGGCGAACCAAAAUGUCACAGAGCAUUGUGCAAACUUUACCAUUUAGCCAGAGAACUCAAAGGCUGGCCACUAUGUUGUGGCAUAUCAGUUGGCUAAUAUGGAUCUUGGGACAUUCAAUAUGAUAACGUUUAAUAUAAUAACUACUUACUUUGUAACUUGGUAAUCUGCUCUUUGAAGGGAAUGUUUAGUGUUGUAACAACGCAUUACAGCACUUACAGUUAUAUUUCAACUGUGAAAGUUCUCAAACUCUAAAACGGAGGUCAUUCCAGUACUUACACUGUUGUGCAGGAGGGCUGGAAUAAUACAAAAUGUUUGAGAGUCAGUUGAUAGCAGGCAUAGGCAAACUCGGUCCUCCAGAUGUUUUGGGACUACAGCUCCCAUCAUCCCUAGCUAACAGGACCAGUGGUCAGGGGUGGUGGGAGUUGUAGUCAUAAAACAUAUGGAGGGUCGAGUUUGCCUAUGCCUGGUUUAGAGGCUAGGUAUGCUACAUGCUGUAUGUUUUUUUGCUAAUUUUGAGGCAGCACCUGGCCCCUACCACUGUCACCCAACCAUGGAAUAGAAGCUUUCUACACACACACACACACAGAGAGAGAGAGAAUCCACAGGAGAUAAGAGUUCCCUUUUGUCAGUAGUGCUGUCAAGGCAGCACAUUGAGGUGGAUGUCUAUCAAGUAGUACACAUUAUCAUCUAAAAGCCCCAUGCACACACACAAGAACAUUAAGGCCAAAGUCUAAGAUUACCCAACUGCACCACUAUGUUGUGUGAAGAACAUACAAGAUUGAUGACCCCCUUAUCUAUGGAAAGGAGUGCUGGAUGAAGAGGGAGUUUAUGCAUGAUCUCCUUUUUUUUUUUUUUUGUAAGAUAUUUAUUAAGAUUUUCAAGAAAUUACAAAAUAGAAAAGAAAUAAGAAAAAUAGCAAAGAAAAAAAAGAUACAAAAAAACCAAAAAUAAAAAUAGUUUAAAAACAAUUCAGUCAUCACAUAUUUUCCUUUUACUUAUUUUUCGGACCUCCUCGCGCCUUCCUUCUCUGUAUUCCAGUUCAAAUUGUUAUUUCAGCAGGGACUUCCGGGUUAGCGCCAUCGCCGAAUGGCGGACUCCCUCCGAGCUCCGGAGGGAGUCUGCUCGGCAGGGGCUGGGUCCUACCGCGCCGGCGACGCGGGGACCCUUAAAAACCACGGGCACGGAGUCCGUGGACAUGGGUGACUCGGCUUGCACCAUUAGCGCCCUCCCGACUCGUGAAGGAGCCUUUUAAAGGCUUCGGAUCGGGUGCCGGGAGUGGCGUGGUGCUUUGAGUCCACUGCUUUCCCUGCCGAGCGCAGCCGCAUGCCAUUCGACGGAGAGCGCUGACUUCUUCUAUUGAAAAUUUGGACUAUUAACAACAACCCGUGAGUAAUUGGGAAACCGGGUUCAAAAUUUUGGAUUUGGCACGAGCGGGGCGAUUUAAAAGGAAGUCAAUCCCCCCCCCUAUUGUAAGCAUUCCAAAACAAGGACUGGGUAACCAAGGUCCAAAGGGAAGUAUGUCUCUGAUAAAAAUCAUUAAUUUCACGAUGGGAAAUUAUAAGAAAUGUGCUGGAGGAGAAGAGUGGAGGGUGAGAAGAAAAAUGCAACCCCCCCCCUGGGAACCGGGGCGAUUCGUGGAGCCUGGUGAAGAGAGACGGAGACUUUGACAGCUGUCAAAGUGGCUGUCAAAGCUGGAGAAUAUAAAGAGGACUUUGAUGAGGACCUUGCUGGUUAAUUUUGUUACAAUUUGCUAUAAUAUGGAUAUAAACUGUUGGAAAAUAAGCAACAAUUUGACUUUUGGAUUAUAUGAUACAAAGUUAUUACAAUCCCCCUAUAGGGGUUUCGGGAUACUACAAGAACGGUCGUAAGUGGAAAAAUACCCUGGGAUUCGCACAGGAUUUGUUAUCUUCUGGGAAAGCUGCAAAACUGAAAGAGUAUUUUGUCUACAGAGGAAGACAAUGGAAUUUUUAUUGAAGAAAGAAAGGGACUGGACGUAAGUUUUUGUUCCUGAAUAACAAACCUCUGCAGAGACACUAGAUUUCUGAAUUAGAAAGUUUUAGCAGCUGAACAGGACAAGAAACCUGAGAAAGUGAGGAAUAAGAAGAAUAAAGGACUGAUUACGACACGGAAAGAACAACGGGAGGAGUGGUAAAGAUCAAGGAAAUUAAAGACCUUUGUUAGAUUGGACAUUUGAAGUCAAAUAUUAUUUAAAUUAAUAAACUAAAAGAAAACCGGCAAGAUGGAAUUGGGGAGAAAUCUGGUCAUGAAAUGAGACUUCCAAGCUGAUAAUGUAUAGACUGAUGGACAUGGGAAUUCAAACCGGGAAGGGGGGAGAUUUGAAAUCCAAAGGCUGUGUAACCAUUUUUGAAUUUUUCUAUAUCUCUUAUUUUCUAUUUCUUUACAUAACUUACGCAUGUUAUUUUACUUUGAUCGGACGUGUUUAAAAAAAAGGGAAUUUGUGGAAGGAACUGGGGUGGAUCUUGGGGAAAAUCUUUUUCUUUUUCUGUUAAUGAUGUGGGACGGUGGUAAGAUUUGUACAAUUCAAUCUGGAUAGUGGGUUAAACAAAUUAAGCUUUAAAUUGGGAGUGAGAGCUUGUAGAACCAAAUUAAGGAAAGGGGAAUACAAUUGGGGGGGGGGGAGUCCCAGAAAGUAGGGAAUGAAAGUAAGGUUUUUAAAUAUCUUUUUUCUUUUGUCUUUUUUCUUUGUAUUUUUAUAUUUCUGGAAACUUUAAUAAAUAUGAUUUAAAACAAAAAAAAAAAAAAAAAAACAAAUUGUUAUUUCAGCAGAUCCUUCCCCUCUUUCAAAUCCUUUCCCUAAUUCAUAAUAUUCUGUCUUCACAUUACCUUAGUCUGUUUUCAUAUUAUCAUAUAUAUAUAUAUAUAUAUAUAUAUAUAUAUAUAUAUAUGAAAAAACCUUAAAGUUUAGAACUUAAAUCUUAAUUUUUACCAACUUCUCCUAACCAUAACAUUCUUACCUAAUUCUUUAGACAUUUUCAUAAGAGCCAAAUGGUUUCAUUUCAACAUUUUCCUAAUAUUCAUCAAUUUUAUAAAACAGUCCUAAUGAUAAAAAUAAGAAAGUAAACAAUCCAGUCUUCAUCCAGCAUCCCUUCCUCCUGGUCCCGGGUUUUGUCAGUCCUUUUUAUCCUAUUAAUCUAGCACAUUAACCUGGUAAUCUUAUAUCCGAGGCCCUCAAGUCUCUUCCAUGUCCCUUCCGCUGCUCUUCUUCAUAUUUUCCUUUUAUUCCUGGGAACUCCAGCUUGGUGAUGUUUUUGACCCUUUUCAACAAAAAAGUCCCUUUUCCAUAGUCCAGUCCAGACUCAGUGUAGUAUUUAAAAACAUGUUCCAGAUUCCCUUCAAAGUUAAGAGCCCCAAACAUCUGACGGCCCCUUUCCAGACUUGAGAAGUCCAAAUCCUUCCGAAUCUGGUCUUUUCCAAGUUCAUUUGUCAAAUCCAAAAAUUUAUAUUCCUGCUGGGCCGGAGCUCCUUCUGUCUCUGGUGCCCAAGAUUCAGCAAAAUCCUCUUCUCUCAACUGUUCUGUCAUGGCACGCUCCUGUUUCAAUUCCUGGGUGGGCUCCAUAUAGUUUCCCACUACCUGUUCAAAGGUUCUGGCCGCUUUAGUCAUCAAAUCCGUCUUCUGGCUUAACUGAUCCAAUAGGGCAUUUAUUUUGCAGAAAGCACCCAACAGUGCUUCUGCAGACAUUGUCCUGCAAGGUCACAUACCCUUUCCCACGGUUGUAAUCAGUGGCAGCUGCAAGUUCCCAGGGAUUAGUUACAAUUUCACAAUUCUCCUCUAGGGGGAAAACCUUCUGAUUGUUCUUUCUCUUAAAAACAAUAGCAACAAAGUCUAUUCUUUAAGAUAUUUUGUCCAUAUUUGUUCUUUUAAAAUGCGAAAGGAGGCAAUGGAGUCACUAUGUUUUUCUUCUUUUAACUAUCUGUCAAAAACAUUUGUUUCUGGUCAAUGAGCUUCAAACGUCAAUUCUGACACCCCGCUCCAGGAUCAGGAUGGGGGAAAAUUACUUUGCUUUAAAUUCACUUCUGCAGGUUUAAACGUCUCAGAAAAGAGAUCCCCCUUCUUCUCCUGCUACCGAAGGGGGAUUCAGCGAUUUUAAAUGGUGAAAGUCAAUCCUUUGAAAGUGAUUCUUAAGGCUCUAUUUUGCUUUGUCUUUGCUUUGUUCUGGCUACAGGGAAACGGAAGGCUGACUUCCUGUUUAACCUUUCCGUUUCAGUACCAAAUUAAGGUGAAUUUUUAAGUCCAAAUUCCUUUCUAUUUCGCCAGUUCUUAUUUAAAGUUCAAAUAUUCAAUGUUCCAGUACUCACGGUUGGUUAUUUUAGAUGCCUAAUUGUCCCAGGAAAAAGGCAGUGGUCUCCGGCAACGGCUAUGCGGCUUCGCUCUGCUGAAAAAGCGAUUGACUCACAGCACCGCACCACUUCCCCCUCUUCGCUUCGGAGCCCGUUUGUGGGUUCCUUUGCGGGUUGGGGGGGCGCUGAGGGUGCCCGCCGAGUCCCACGGUCACAGGCUUCAUCCGCCUGUGAUUUCCAGAAGGGUCCCCGCUUCGCCGCAGCGGAAAAGACCCGUUUCAUGCGCAGCUGGUCCCUCCAGUUCAGAGGGAGUCCGCCAUUGCCGGUGGCGCCACCCCGGAAGUCCAUGCAUGAUCUCACUCCUGGGGUUGUUGAAGCACCCAUAAGCUUUCUACAAGGCAAGCUGUGAGGCUACAUAUGUACACUGCAUUUAAAGCACAUGACAUCCCCCCAAGAAUCCUGGGAACUGUAGCUUAUCACCCACAGAGCUACAAUUCUUGGCAUCCUUAUCAAACUAUGGUUUCCAGGAUUCUUGGGGGGGUAUUGCUUUAAAUAUAUGGUGUGUUCGCAGCCAGAGAUGGUGCUGCUGAUGUAGAUAUUUGAAAUGAUUUAAACUCUAAUUCUGCUCCUCCCCACACUGCAGACCCACUGUCUCUCUCUGCCUGGCUGCACCAUGACUGUCACAUACACAGCCCGCGUGGCCAACGCUCGUUUUGGUGGCUUCUACAAACUACUGACCCUCUGGCGUGGAAGCAUCUACAAGUUGCUCUACAAGGAGUUCUUGGUCUUCUCUCUUUCAUACCUGGGACUUAGUGUUACAUAUCGGUAAGUGGGAACGUGGAAGAACAGUCUCAUAUCUACCCUAAAUGACCUUUGGUGUGUCAAACUCGCGCCACCAAAAUUCAGGGCUCUUCAAAUAGUUACCACUUGGAUCCACUCUCUAGAAAUACACUAAUUUCCCAAGAGAAGGCAUAGUUUUCCCUUAGUGGUGUCUUUAAAUUAGAAACCUCAUAGAAAAAUUGUUUGUUCAGGAGCAUGCCUUUAUUUGGCGGGAUGGAGGACAGUGUUUGGCAUUUUGAUUGGCAACUUGUUUUGGUGGUUUUUUUAAAUUUUGCACAGCCCUUGUAACAAACUUGGUCUAACCAGCCAAAGUUGAAACUUAACACACUGGAGUGGGAUGGGCAGGACAUAUAUAAAUAUGGCAUUGCCCAGCCCCACCCCCUUUCACAACUGUAAUUAUGCUGUAGAACCCACUCUUUCUGGGUUCUGCUGGCUGCACACUGCCUCCUCUCCAAGUUCAAAUUGCACUUCUCCACUUCUCAACCCCAGAUCAGGGUGACUGAUUUGCUACUUUUGAAACCCUUGCUUAGUUUUGGGCACUUUGCUAUCCUGCUGACGACUAGAGAGGACCUCCUGUGAGCAGCAGAUCUGGAGUGGCAUCAAUUCAGCUCACAGUUUGGGCAGUCACCUUAUUGCACACACCACUCACUUAUAGCAGAAGUGUGUGUGUGUGUGUGUGUGUAUAUAUAUAUAUAUAUAUGUGUGUGUGUGUGUGUGUGUGUGUGUGUGUGUGUGAUAUACAACCACCCAUUUAUGUGAGUCAGCCUAGCUCUUUGCAUAUAUUAUGUAUGAUACAGAAGUCCUCAGCUCCCAGCAGUUGUGUGAUUCUAGCACUCUGGUGCAGUCUUUGCCAACCUGGUUGUCCAUCAGCUGGAGCUGAUGGAAGUUGCAGACUCCAAAUGUUUUGGGGACAACCAGGUUGGCGAAGGCUGCUCUGCUGUAUAAAGUUGCUGCAGGAUUUAUGUCCUGUCCAAUCAUAACGUUUUUUAAAACAACCCUCACUUGCCCUUCAGAAUGCAUUUAGAUUCUCCCCUUACAAGCAGGUGGCUCUCAGCAAAUGUGCUGCCAACCCCCUUGGGAAAUAUGCAUCCUUCUUAAUCCUUCUCUCAUUCUUAUUCCCACCUCUAGCUUCGUCUUAAGUGAGACUCAGAAAAGGGACUUCGAAAAGGUGGUGAUUUACUGUGACAACUAUGCCAAUCUCAUCCCUGUCUCCUUUGUCCUGGGUGAGAUGCUUGAACGCCAGCUCCUUUCCUAAAGGAGGACAUGCUCUUUCCUUAUCUAUGUGCCCGUCCCAACGCUGGCUUCCAGGGCAGAACCUUCUUCCAUGCCUAAUCCAAUUUACUGCUUGGCCUUUGAGUACUGCAAGGGUGUCAGACUAUAAUACAGGCUCAACUUUUAAGCAUUAGAAAUGCUUCUGGUUUAGACUUGGGUGCGAUAGGACUCAUUCCCCCCCCCCCCCAGUCUAUCAAAGCAACAGUAUGGUGAUAAUAGGGUAUUAUGGACUUUAAUUAUUUCAUCUGGAAACUGGGUAGAGUAUGGGUGACUUGUGCGUGUUAUACUCAGCAGCUAACUUCUACAAUUAGGCCUGGUGGAGCUCAGAGCUCUCUGAAAGCCAGGAAGAGCAGCCCAGGACACUCCAUGUCCUUGAUCCUGAACAUAUUGGCAAUGAGAGAAAGGAACUCUGCACGUGCUCGGGGUAAUGUCAUGUGUACUGGCAGCAAGCAAACUCUCUUCUCUGAGCAAUAGUCCUUAUAUGUAGCCAAAAUGGCACCACCCAUACACAGAAAAGGGGAGGUAUCAAGCAGGCAUGCUGAAGUAUAGAAAGGAAACCUCAGAGGAGGGGACAUCCCAAAAUGGCCCAGUGAAGACUGAGUGUGCCCAGUGGGUAUUGAAUGCUGAGGGGGAUCUAAAAACAACACAGUGGGCAUGGAAUGCUGUCUGCCUGUUGUGGGCUUUUUUUUUUGGGUGGGGAUAUAAGAAAAUCAGUGGGGAGAAUAGAAUGGAGGGACUGGAAAGCUGAACAGAGGCAUUCCAUACUGCAAUGUUUUGUGGCCAGUUUCUCUUGCACUUACUAUUUAAUGUUGCCAGAACCGAGCUCUGUCUUUCAUAAUGUGUGAGCAGGGGGCGUCCUCAGUCCUGGUUCAAGUGAAGCAUUCCUGUUUUAUCUCAGAGUGAGGCUGCCUGACUUAGCAGCAUGCCGUGGGGCAGAAUUCUAAUGCAUCCCCUCUCCAUCUCCUGGGUUCAUUUAGGGUUCUAUGUGACACUGGUGGUGAACCGCUGGUGGAGUCAGUACACCUGCAUGCCUAUGCCAGACCGCCUGAUGUGUGCCAUCUCUGGGAACGUGCACGGCACUGACGAGAAGGGGCGCCUUUACCGGCGAACUCUCAUGCGGUACUGCAGCCUUUCUGCUGUCUUGAUUCUUCGCUCAGUCAGCAUUGCUGUGUUCAAGCGUUUCCCCACCAUAGACCAUGUGGUGGAGGCAGGUGAGUGCAGAAGGGAGACCUUUUUCCCCACUAAGCCAGUGGUUUUCAACCAGUGUGCCGUGGCACACUGGGGUGCCUUGAAUGAUGGGCAAGGGUGCUGUGGGUAACACUGGCCUCCCUCCCUCCCUCUUUCUUUCCCUCCCUCUUCUAGUGCCCUCUUGCGUUUCUGCCUCCCAAAGGCUUGCACAGCUGUUUAUUGCAGCAGCCCUGGCUACAAUCUCCUCAGGCGCAUGGUGCCUCUGGGGCUGGCCAGGGGGUGCUCUCCAGGCCCCUGAGGGGCAGUGGGAGGAGGCACCUCUCUUUGGGGCAGAGGGAGCAGCUCAGAGACCAGGGACGGCAGCAGCAGCUGCCCAGAGGACUCCCAAGGAGAGAGGGGAGAGGAGGCUGAGGGAACACUCCACAUGGGAAGGCAUUUGAAAAAGGAUGAGAGGCUGCCCGCUCUGCAAGCAAGGGGUGACAUAACUGGGCUCCUGAGUCCCACAGGGGAGCCACAGAAAGAAUGUAGUUGGUCAAGGGACUCGUGGACUCCAAAAGGGUGAAAGCCUCUGCACUAUGCUUAUAAGGAUGAGAGGACUGUGGGAAAGCCUGCAAGAGUUAGGUGCUCCCCUGCCCUUGCUCAUUUGUUAGAAUGAAAUUGGGAAAUUUCAAAGUUUUUUUUAAAGCAAUAAUAGGCAUAACUUUUAAUCUAGAAUAUGUCAUUUCGGAAUGCCAUGAUUAUGCAGCGUAUAAAGUGGACUGCCUGUAAGCAGAGCAUAUUGCAUUUAGUGUGAGCUUUACUACAUAUCUUGUGUCCUUCUUCAAGGCUUCUUCAAAAGCCUAUAGCCUUUCAGAGUGCAGUUCUUCAGUAUAAGAUUGCACUCUGGACCUUCUAAAUAGAGUAUUAUUGACUGCAUAACCUGUGCUGCAUCUAACAGGGUUCAUGACUCGUGAGGAGCGCAAGAAAUACGAGAACCUGAACACUUCCUACAACAGAUACUGGGUCCCCUGUGUCUGGUUUACCAACUUAGCUGCACAGGCACGCAAAGAAGGCCGCAUCCGUGAUAACUGUGCUCUCAAGUUACUCAUGGAGGUGAGGUGGUAAAUCCUUGUCCCCCAGACUAUAGAUGUAAUAGUUCUUCUGUAUUUAUACCUUUGACACCUGAGAUGUGUGUUUUCAGGGCCCACCCUAUUCCUGUGAUCAUAAUAUGAUUUAACUGUUUUUAAUUUAAGCUGUUCACCUGCGAGUCAAGGGUGGGUUAUAAAUUUGAUGAUGAUAAUAGGAGCACCUCCAGAACAAGAGCCUUUAGGGCAAGGUUUCUUUUGUGACCCAUGCUCCCUGUUAGCUUACAUAAAAAUCUGACCCUUCCUGUCAAGCCUGGCUUCUCUAAUUGUUUUAUUAAAAUUUAGAAAUGGAUUUCUAUACUGGAGAGCUCAGUCACCUAAAAAAAAAUAAAAUUCCAAGAAGUGUUCAAGAGCAAACAUUACCAGUUUUAGCUAUCGUGUUUCGCAACAGGUAAAAUGGAGGCUUGCAUUGUGUAUGUGGCAAUAUUGAAUCAUUUUGUUCUAAUGUUUAAUACUAGGCUAUUGUGCAAGAGUAAUAUUUACUUGAAUUUAUAAAACUUACGCAAGAUAUAGUAGGUGUUGCAUAUGUGUUUGUAUAUAUUUAAAAGAAGCUUGGUACAUGUACUGUGAUUAGUCUCCGAGGUAAUCCCUCAUAUGUACUGGGUGGAGAUCUUGAGAACAGCUACCGUUGCUGAAUUUGGAAUAUGCCUUCAUCAUGUGGCAACUGGAAAUAAGCACACACAUGUCAUUUCUGCUGCCAGGGGAAAAAAGGCUAAGUUGUGUUCAGUUAAGGAGCAUAUGGUUGUUGUGAUAGAUGCCACCUAUUGAAACAACAUCACUCAUGUGACAAACUAUGCCCCACCCCACCCCAAAAAUUAAUGAGUUUUCUCACCAGGGGUGAUUGUGGAUAUAUAAUUGGUAAUUAUUGCCUGAAGGGAAAAUCCAGAUUAAAUAAAAAAAAAAAGGAUGGGCUUGCAUUUUUAUGAUGGUGGACAUCUUGUGGACUCAGUGAAAAACAUAUGUGCAUGAGCAGUACCAAUUGCAUAAUAAACUCUCUUGUGACUGGAGCCUAAAUUUCAGUUUAUUGGCCUUCACUCAGCCCAUUACCAAUUCAAGACACCAGUUCAGCACUUUCACUGCUUCAUGUGACUCAGGUGAAAAUUAGACUAGAGUUGGGUGUCAUCUGCAUAUUGAUGACACCCCACCCAUAAUCUUCAUACGACCUCUCCCAAUAGCUUCAUACAGAUGGUGAAAAGCAUGGUAUACAAAGUGGAAUUCUUGGGGACCUUUCAACAUAAAUGCCAUGGGGUCUCCCAGCAUCAUCUUCUGGAAGUGGCCUUCCAAGUAGGAGUGGAACCACUGGGACAUCAUAUUUCCAGUCCCCAACCCUGAUAACCUAUUCAGAAGGAUACCAUAGUCAAUGGUAUCAAAGGUCCAGGAGAAUUAGCAGGGUCGCAUUCCUUCUGUGUUUCUCCCAGCAUAGAUCAUCCAUCAGGACAACCAAAGCUGUUUCUGAGCUGAAAGCAGGUCUGAAGAUGGACUGAAAAGUUUUAGUUAGGCAGAAGUUUCAGUGCUUAGCCCUUAGAGAUGGCUGUUUUCUUCCUUCAGGAACUGAAUCUUUUUCGCGGAAACUGCAGCAUGCUCUACCACUAUGAUUGGAUCAGUGUACCACUAGUCUACACUCAGGUGAGUUAAGGACCCAAAGCAGUCAGCAAGCCCAACUACAUCCAUUUGGGAUCAUAUGAUGAACCACCUGCUUCCAAACAUUGGUAGUUAUUUCACCCAAAGGCAUGCAUAGAGUCAAAAGCACUGAAGCCACUGAACAAACACAUCAUAUAUCAGGGAAUUUGCAUCCCAGCUAAGUUUAACACAGCCCAAAACGGCACAUCUAGCCCAGCGGUAAGCCCAGCCCCACUCCAGAAAAUUCAUCACACUAUGGAGCAAGCCUUAUAUGUAGAGCAGCAACGCACAGAUCCUAAUAUUAUAUGAGGACAGCUGAGGUUUAGCUAUUCUAAAGCACAUUUUGAGGAUCUCAUGCUAGAUUAAGCCAGAGCAGCCUCUAGCUGUGUGCUUACAAUCACUAUUUCAAGGAAUGUACUCAGGAUCAUUAAAACAAAAACCCAGUUAUCUGGCUUUGACACACACUAAAUGCCUUUAUAUAGUCACAUUUAGGGUGAUUAAAGAGGAAUAACAUGUUUCUUCUCCUUCAGUAUGUUUAUAUGGGAAGUAGUGGUACUAAUUCGCACUAGCAACUGAGUAUGGUGUGAAGGAUCUUAACUCAUUCCUAUUUAUUCAAGAAUGAAAAGCUGCUGAAAAUUAGAAACUCUGCCCUAUUUAAUACAAACAUACAUUAGGACAAGGUUGAACCUCUUAUAUUACUGCUGCUUAGCAUCCCUGAUUCCUUGCACAGAGGAUAAAUUAUUAGGGAUUAAAUCACAGAUGAAUUGUUUGGUCCUCAGUAAACAGCCCAUAAGAUUGAACUAGGGCUAAAAAACAGGGCUCUUAAAUUCUGCAACUCAUCCCCCCCUUCAGCCUCUCUACCUGCUUUUUCUUGCUCUGCUCUGACAGGUGGUUACCAUUGCUGUGUACAGCUUCUUCGUUUCUUGUCUGAUUGGGCGGCAGUUCCUUGACCCAGGCCAGGGCUACAAAGGACAUGACCUGGAUCUGUGGGUCCCUGUUUUCACCCUGCUGCAAUUCUUCUUCUAUGUUGGGUGGCUAAAGGUAUGGCAGACAGGAGGUAGUUUAAGAUGUGUAAGGACAGUCAUUAUUGGGACACUUUCCUACAGAUUAGGAAAUAAAUCAGGGGCAGAGGGAUGGUCCAUGAAUCAGCUGCUGGGUGAUUUAACAAGUGUCUGGAAGGAAGGAAGGAAGGAAGAAAGAGAGAAUGUUUAAUACUGCACACCUUUGCCAUGUCUGUUACCAUAUUGAUGGCAACAAAUAAGGAGGCUGGCCACAAGUGUGUCCCUCUUUUGACUGUGCCUCUAAAUACCUUACAGGUGGCUGAGCAGCUCAUCAACCCUUUCGGGGAGGACGAUGAUGACUUUGAAACCAACCUGCUGAUUGACAGGAAUUUCCAGGUAACUCUGCCCUCCCCUUUUCUGCUGAAUAAAGCAACACUUCUAAAACAGACCAAGGAUGCUUCCAGAACUGGGCAACUUAGCAGCACCCGAUUAUUGCUUUUGUAGUGGGAAUUGAAUAGCAAAUCAGCAUUCAGACACCUAGUACGUGGGCAUUCUGUCUUCCUCGUGGAUUCAGAUGUUGGAACAAUAUUUUUUUUUACUGGUUAAACAUUCCCUUGCCCUCACUGAACUCCCAAUCAUGUGAAGGAUUACCUUCCACUUGGAAAUCUAAAACUAGGCCCUACAUGUCAGAUUUCCAUACUGGUGCUGGAGGAGACUCUUGAGAGUCUCAUGGACUGCAAGAAGAUCAAACCUAUCCAUUCUUAAGGAAAUCAGCCCUGAGUGCUCACUGGAAAGACAGAUCCUGAAGCUGAGGCUCCAAUAUUUUGGCCACCUCAUAAGAAGAGACGACUCCCUGGAAAAGACCCAGAUGUUGGGAAAGAUUGAGGGCACAAGGAGAAGGGGACGACAGAGGACGAGAUGGUUGGACAGUGUUCUCGAAGCUACCAGCAUGAGUUUGACAAAACUGCGGGAGUGGAAAACAGGAGUGCCUGGCAUGCUCUGGUUCAUGGGGUCAUGAAGAGUCGGACACAACUAAACGACUAACCAACAAGCAUGCAUACACCUAGGCUAGUAUUCACUUACUUUGGUGGUGACUCCUGAAGUCCUCCCUUCCUUUGCAGGUCUCCAUGAUGGCAGUGGACGAGAUGUAUGGGGACCUGCCUCUUCUGGAGAAGGACCGGUACUGGGAUGCCUCCAACCCCCGAGCCCCAUAUACUGCAGCCACCGUUUUCCUCUUGCAACAGCCAUCGUUCCAGGGUUCCACUUUUGAUAUGACGUAAGCCAAACUUCUCAUUCUGUGGCAAGGAAAGGGAAUGACGGUGGUCCUGGUUGGGUAGAGGGUUGGGGAGAGAAGGAGGGAUUCCGUGGGAACAGUUUUCAGUCCGUGAAACUGGAGCUUGCUUUCUCCUUUUGGCCAUUCCUCCCUGCUCAUUUGGGGUAGGGCGAGGGCUCUUCUUCCGGCGCACAUGGAGCCCCUGUUGGUUGCACAAAUUCAGAUCCCCAUUUAUACUACGCCAUAGAUAUCCCCUCUCAUUCCAGAGCACUAGUGUGGUGUCUGAGGGCAAUAAGGAAGAUCCCUGCACCACAAAGCAAGCUCUUCUGCAACUUGCGGUGGUGAAGCUACUCCCUUUAACUACUCCCCUCCUCGAUUUCCAGCCUAGCCAAGGAAGACAUGCAGUUCCAGCCCCUAGAGGACAUCGCAGAGGGCUAUGAACACAGCCGCCAUGUCCCUGCACACCUCUUGAACCGCCUGCUAUCCACAGCCCCCGCGCCUGGCGGCUUUGGACGUCGGCUGUCUUUGCUGAGGCGCAAGAACAGCUGUGUUUCCGAAGCAUCCACUACCUACAGCUGCCUCUGUCAGGAUACACAGACCACGGACUGUACCUGUGGGCCUUCUGGGCAGUCUGUGCCCAUCAAUAGCAUUCACUUCAGCUCUGAGGGGGAGGGAGACCUUGGGCCUGAUGCCACUGGCCUGGGCACGGAGACACACAAGGACCUCUCUGAGGAUCCCGCCGGCGAGCCCAGUGGCCCAGCUCAGACCUUGCUAGGCCAUGACAGUGCUGUGGCCAACCCCCAGGAUCCAGUGCCCCUUGUGGACAUGUCUGUCCCUGCAGCAACAGAUACCGACUCGUCUCAGCCUCUCCUAGACCACGGCUCUUCAGAUGCCCCCUUCUUUCACAGCUCAAAGGAGGCCUCCAGCAAGGGUCUUCCGCCAGCCAAUUACCCCCACUGGCUGCAGAGCCCUAUCGAGGAGGAGAAUGUGGCAUAAGCUAUUACUUCAGCCUCCACAGGGUUGAGUGGAGCCAUUACGAAGGGUAGCCCAUGGGACGGUUCAAUCUUAGGCCUCAGGACAGGAAAUCAGUGAAGACUGAUAGUCCUUGCAGCUGCUAAAGGGAAAUUUGAAUUGGUGGCCCCUGCUAGACACCUGGUUUUUAAUGACACAUUGUAAUGUGGGGCCACUUCAUAAGGAGUCAGGAGGAUUCUGUUAAUCAGGCCUCUGUUUCUGUCCCCCCCCCCACGUGUUCUUGACUUGCAUCUGCAGCCCCUAACUGAACAUGCAGGGGCAAUCAUGGGCACUGAGCUACUCCUGAAGGUACUAUUCUGUCCUAUAUUUACCCAAAGCCGCAGCUGGUUAUUGCAUCUCAUUCCUUUCUGUAAUCAUCAGAUGGUGAACAUGGAAGGAGGUAAUCACUUCUGCGCUUACUACUACCCAAAUGCCUCAGUGUGGAUCUACUAUGUUUUAAAAUUCAUGCUUUUCUAGUAUUUUAUUAAAUGGUAUUUUGUCUAGAGUAAUGUUUUGUGGCCUGCCCUUUAAACCUCCAAUGUAUAUGUCCAGUCAUACUGAAUACUAUUAAGAGUUCUGUAGGUCUAGAAGUGAAUUCCGAUAGGCACAAAUUAACUUGCCUGGAUCAGACCAAUGUUCCAUCUGGCUGAUUAUAUGUAUGUUUUGGUGUUACAUGUGAACCCAGCAUCCUUCCUCAGCCAUGCUUUGUUCAGCCACUCCACCCGAAAUACUCACCCAGCCAACAAAUUGUACAAGGCAAGAGCAGAUAGGAAAUGUAUUCCAAUAGCUUCUGGAAACUAGAUUGGGGAACCCCUGGUUAACUAUGACCAUGCUGGUUAGGGCUCCAGUCACAGUCCUCACAUCCUCUCCGAAGCCCAUAAAAGGCAAGGGAACCUGACUGAGCAGCUACCUCUUUGCCACUGCUUGCACACUUGGAGCAGCAGGGAGAAAAAGGGAUAAUGGGGAAAGGAAAUUAAAACCUCUCUGAAAUUUCCCCACCCACCGCGCAACUAAGCUGCUCAGAAGAGAGUUGCAGUGACAAAGAGAAGCUGCUCCAGUGAUUCUCUGUGCACUAAAAAAGUACCUGCUCCCUUCAAAUGAAAAGAGAUGGAAACAGGUCUGUGGGUGGGGUGGGGGAGCCGGGUAUACUUGCUCCAGGCCUCAGAGGGGUCAUGGCAGGCGCUGUCAUGCCAAGAAUGCCCUGGGUCUCCCAGUCAACUGGGGAGAGCCUCAGACAAGCUGUACAUGGGCCUGGAGGGCAAUGUUGGGAGCUGCCGAUUCAGUCAAGAUAUCAGUCUGUCCAUAGCAUCAGAUCCUUUGGAUUCCUCUUAGUGCACAGAGAAAAAGGGCUCAUAUGCCGUGUAUUGUUAUCCUACCUGAUUCUGUGUUGUGUUAACUGGUACCUCAGUAUACUAGGGAAGAAAGUUACUUGUAGUUCAAGCCUUCAGUAAGUACUGCAGAGGAUAGUGAGACUAAAUUUAAUGGUGGAUCACAUUCUAAGAACCUUUAAACCAUCUUUUAUGGUAGUAUUUAGCUAGGAGCAACAGGAGACAUUCCCCUUAGGGCUGGGUGCUUGCUGUGAAGCCAAAGGGGACCUCUAACUCUAAAAACUCCAUCAGCAACAGGGACAACCACACAUCGAUGUACGGAGGAUGUGCUUCUUUAACAAAUGCUCUAUUGCUGCUCUUAUGAUGGCUUCCCAAUUGAAAAUGCUCCCUUUUGAUAAAUAAAUCAACUGCCACUG